UGCAUGUUCCACGUGGAUAACGGCAACACAACUGCCCUACGUGAUGACAGUUCAGAUUGUCACGCGCGGCGAGAGAGCGCGCGGGUGUUGUCAAGUGACGUGCGAGGGAAUUAAGAGGUGGAAAGCGGAGUGAAGCAGACACACACACAAACGGACAUCACACUUCACUCUCCAACUGGAGAAAGCACCAACCGAGGAUGCUGUGGUGUCUUGUUGGAUGACAAACUACUCAUCUGUCUGGACAAGUGAUUGAGAAGAGCUACAUUUGAACUUGAAGAGCGGUUUUUAGAGAUAAUGGAUAAUACGACUUGACCAAUGUUUAUGAACAACUACUUAUUUCAAGGUGAUUGGAUUUCUUCUAAUGCUCUAAACGAUCGUUCCAUGAGAAGUGUAACCGUAUUAUCAGCUAAAGGGGCUUUUCCAGGUAUUAUCACAGUCUCCUCCCCGGAUCAUGAUGAAUCAUCUGUGAGCCUCAUUGAGCCGAGUGAAUGCAGCAAACACCAGCUUUCGCUUUUCAGAGAUGAAUGACAGCUCUCCAAUAUCUGAGAACAUCAUGUUUCACCAGCUGACUGCAGAUACUCUGAAUAGUAGCUGUGACUACACCUUGCCCAUGUGUAACAAUAGCACAGGUGAAGCGGCAUUGCAGCUGCCCACUUUUUCCAUGGCAGCAAAAGUGAGGGUGAUAAUUACCUUCACUCUUUGCGCAGUGUCAGCUGUGUGCAACCUCUCCGUGUUGUGGGCUGCCAGCACCAACAACAAGCGCAAAUCUCAUGUAAGAAUUUUAAUCAUGAACCUCACCGUUGCCGACCUGCUGGUGACUUUCAUCGUGAUGCCAGUGGAUGCAGCUUGGAACAUUACAGUUCAGUGGUUGGCGGGGGAUCUGGCUUGCAGAUUGCUAAUGUUUCUGAAGCUCGUGGCAAUGUACUCCUGUGCGUUCGUGACUGUGGUCAUAAGCCUGGACAGGCAAUCGGCCAUUCUCAACCCUCUGGCCAUCAAUAAGGCUAAGAAGAAGAACAAAAUAAUGCUGAGCGUGGCCUGGGUGAUGAGUGUUGUUUUCUCUGUCCCUCAGAUGUUCCUGUUUCACAAUGUGACCAUCACUGUGCCAGCCAAGUUCACUCAGUGCACCACUCGAGGGAGCUUUGUCAAACACUGGCAGGAGACCAUCUACAAUAUGUUUACUUUCAUUUGCCUCUUUCUGAUGCCUCUGGCCAUCAUGAUCUGCUGCUACACAAGGAUCUUGGUGGAGAUCUCUCGAAGAAUGACCAAGGGAAACAUAUCGUCAAAGGAGGUCCACUUACGGCGUUCCAACAGCAACAUCCCAAAGGCCCGUAUGAGGACUUUGAAAAUGAGCAUAGUCAUAGUGACCUCUUUCAUAGUUUGCUGGACACCAUACUACUUGCUCGGUCUCUGGUACUGGUUCCUUCCUGAGGAUUUAGAAGAGACUGUUUCUCACUCACUCACUCACAUGCUGUUUAUUUUUGGACUCUUUAAUGCGAUUUUGGAUCCCAUCACUUAUGGCCUCUUUACCAUCCAUUUUCGCAAAGGACUGAAGCGCUACUGUCGCAAUGCGAUUGUACUCACAGAGUCAGAGAAUAAUUCCAUCAUGACGGGCUCACUGAAAUGCUCACCAUCCCCAUUUCGCAUGAAAAGAGUGACCAAGACCAGUCCAGGAGCUGACCUGGAGCAGAAUGCAGUGAGUGGGGAAGAUAAGAAGCCAGCUGACAUUGACAACAAGGAGUAGUGGCAACCCUACCAAUCGAGCCUUGAAAGUGUCAUUUGAUUAAAGAUACGGAUGUGACAAGGCAGGCCUUGUACUGGCUGUCUAGCUGCUCACAAGAACAAUGAGACAACAACACACUCCUGCCGGUUCUCCUCAACAGCAUUAGACAGAUUCCAAUUGAGCCCAAGUGUGUCACAUUUCAUUCACUGAUGAGCUGUUAUAUUUAAUACCCAUCUAUUUUCCUGAUACAGGUGAUUAAGUUUUGUAAUCAUUUGCUCUUUACUAAAUACGUCAAUCACAUUGCAGUUUAAUUAGACCAUUUCUACUUGUGGCUUUUGUUGAAAAUGUCAUUUACAUCAAAGGUUU